UUCCUGUUUAACCACGUGUAGUUCCCAACGUUACUUUUUAUUUGUUUUGAUGCAACUACACGUUAUUAGAGAGAUGUUUAGUUAACAACCGGUAUUCUGCAUCUACCGCGGACCUUUAACAACUAACACAUUUCGAGCAUUUGUUCGUCGGAGGCAUCAAGCAGGUCUCUCUUUUUAUUUCUUGCUAAUGAAGACCUCCCCUACUUUGCUCGUUAUCUUUUGCUAGGCUACACGAUGACUGGAGAGCACGAUUCUCUACGUUGGACUCGAUCUGAAGCUGUAUCAGCGAAGUCAUGCCAUGUUAUCCUGGAAACAUUAUCUCCAGAGUGUGUGGAGAAGAUAUCGCGGUAUCUUGAGUCUUCUGCGGGACACAGCGGACAGGAUAAAGUAUCUAAUGAACCUGCUGCAGCAGAAAGUGAUUCAGGAGACAGCCUGUUCAUAACUCAGAAGCCAGUACCUGAAGCUGUGAGAUCAGCAAGACCGCGGCACUACAGCUCGAGGUCAGACCCCAUAUCUCCCAGAGCUGUAGAAGAAAGUGAAGAGGACAGUCCAUCAUACUCUUUCCAUGGAGAAUCCAAAACCGACAGAAGGAGGAGAAAGAAGAAACACAGACUUCCAAAAUACAGUUUCCCAUUCCUCGCAGAGAGAGAGAGGAAGCCAAGAAGCACUCUUUUAGCUGGCCAGCAAAACAAACACCUUCAUAAUUAUGCAAUGGGAGGCUUCUUUAAAUGUGUCAAGGAGCUGUGGCAGGACUAUGGAAGAGGAAAUCUGGAGUCGUCUUUGCCAACAGUCGACAUGGAUGAGGAUUACAUAUCUCCAUUGUCAGAACAAGAAGAAAGGUCAGAAGAUGAGGACAUUAAAGUGGUGGAAAGGAAACAUUUGGUGGCACCAUCAAAAGCAAAGAGCCGACAGACCUGGUGGAACCAGUUAAAGCAACAGAGGGCGACGAAAGCUUGUAAUGCCAGACAAGAAUACUCACAAGGAAGACAUAAAUUGCAAGAUAAGGUAUCCAUAUUGAAGACGACAGUGUUGUAUUCGGAAACAGAAAACUCUGAUGAUGGAGAGUCUUCUUGUAGAGUUGUGGUGGAGAGGGAAGAAAUGAUGAACACAUGGCAAGUAAUGGAAACUUUCUUGCCCAAACACCAAAGACAAACAGACAGUUUCAGCAAAAUACAAGGAGGAAGAGCUGCAUAACAACGGAGAUGCUACGGUUCGUGAGCCACGUACGCUACAGAAAGUCCGAGGCUAUACACACGGAAAGGCAGAGGAGCAUCCGCAACUGUAACAACUGUUUUCCACCUAGAUUAUCUGUUCCAGACAGGACAGGCAGAGGAGGAGCAUGAAAGCCAACAUCUCCACAACAGUGUCUCAGGCCUUAUAAGUGACACUAAUAAUCAAAGUGAAACCAGGGUAAGGAAGAGGAAAAAUAAGAAAAAGGACAAAGGAGAUUGUGAAAGUGUAGGAGAACAAAAGGGUCAGGGUCAGAGUCAGGAAGAGCUUGAGGGUCUGCAUGCCACAACAUCUGUGAGUGUGGAGGUAGAUGAGACUCCCAGCCUGUCGGAGGAUAAUAGGGAAAAGCCUCGGCAUCCCAGGCUAAUGAUGAGCUGGAAUUUAAUGAAAAUAAUUGGAUGGAGAACUCAUCACGUGAUGAUAACAUACUGAGACAGAGGGAGGGAGACAUUCCCGAUUCCAAAAUAAAGAAAAAGAAGAGAAAAAAGAGUAAGUCAACAGAAAAUGUUCGACAGGAAGUGGACGGAACCUUCGAGUCAGAUGUGAGAAAGGUGGAUUCUGUGUUUUCGGUGAGUUGUAACGUUGAGCAUGGUGGCAAGCAGAAGAAGAAAAAGAAGAAAAGAAGUGGUGAGGAUGAUGAGGCUGUUGAGCAGUCACAGGCCAGCACAGUUGCCCAACCUUUAAUUGAUGAUGCUAAUGUAAUGAGGAAAAAGAAAAAAAGGAAAAAAGACGAGAGGAUUGUAAUUACAGAGGAAUGUGGAGGAGAGAAAGAAUCGAAUAGGAUUGUAGAUUUGCCACCAGUGUCAACAGGACAGUUAGAGGAUUCAGGAAAUUGUUUGGAAAACACUGCAGCUUCUCAAGAAACAUUUGAAUCUAGGUAUGUCAAAAGAAAAAAACACAAAAAGAGGGAAAUGUUGUCCUCUAAUGAGGCUACUCAAGACGGAGAAGACGGUGUGAGCUUUUCUAAUGUUGCUGUAACCUUGGCUAAAAGUACAGCUAAGUCACACACUCCUGAAAUUAAUGAAAAUGUACAUCAGACCCCCCAAAAAAAGGAGGGAAUUGAAGAACAAAUUGCUCAACUGGGGACUAAGAAAAAGAAGAAGAAGAAGAAAACUCUCUCUGAGGCGGUAGAUGUCUCUUGCACUCCCAAAGAACAUGAUGAAGUUGAAAAUGUAGAUAAUACCCAGAAGACAAAGGAAGGAAUUGAAGACCAAAAUGCUGAAUUUGUGACAAAGAAGAAGAAGAAAACUCUCUCUGAGGCGGUAGAUGACUCUUGCAUUCUAGAGGAAAAUGAAGAAGUUGAAAACGUAGAUAAUACCCAGAAAACAAAGGAAGGAAUUGAAGAACAAAAUGCUGAAUUGGUGACUAAAAAAAAGAAGAAAAAGAAAAUGGUUGAAGUAUCUAGCUGGAAUAUCUCCAAAGACAGUGUGGCACAAAGUGAUGAUUCAGUGUCUGUGCGGAAAAAGGAAAAGAAGAGGACCUCAUCCUUCCUCGUUGCUGAUGCAGAGGAAAAUGAUGCUUGUACACAAGAUGAACAAAACUCUCCUGGUGAAUAUGAGCCUGAAUCUGCACAAACGACUGGAAAUAUGGAGGAAACUAAUGAUGGGGUCAGAAAAAAGAAAAGGAAGAGGAAGAUGUCAGUAACGCAGGACAGUGUGGAAAAAGAUCAGGAUUUUGUGGAUCCAAACAGAACAUGUCAGAGCGCUUUGCCAGAAACCACUGACAUGAGGGUGAAGAGGAAAAAGAAACCUAUGGAGAAUGAAAGUGAGAUGGUGACCCCCUUGGAAAGACCGGAAAGUGCAGCUGAUGCGGGGCAUUCUCUAACUGAUGAGACUGUGAAAGAAGAAGAGAAGUGUAAGGAUGAGCCAUGCCAUGUGGUACAAGAGAGCCCACCAAAGAAAAAAGGCAAAUUAUUGGCCCUUCCUUUGGUUGCAAAGGGUUGCAGUGAUGAAGUAUCUCAUGAUGGCAGUACUUGUGACCAAGUGACCAAGGAAGCACUGAACACGGUUGAACACGCUUCAUCUUCAGAGACACCCGGCAAUCAGACAUUAAAUGAGACCAUGGACAAGAAGAAGAAGAAAAAAAUGAAAUUGACUGAUGAUGUUCUGCUUGAGGGGAAUUCGUUGACCAAGUCUGGUGUGUUAGAGCCCCUAAAAAACAAAAAGAAGCAGUCAGCGGUCCCCAAUAUCAUAUCCAGCAGCCCCAUGUUAUCAGAGACUUCUGUGUUAAAAUCUGAAAUAUCAUCUUCAGACAGAAUCAUGAAAAACAAGCACGUAAAGGUCAAGCGGAGACUUCAUAAUCCAAGUGAGGACUUCCUUACAGACUGUUAGUAAGAACUCGCUGAUUUAACGAGUAGGAGAGUGAUGGGGUUCGAUCAGUAGAGGAGUUCUGAACGCACACCUAUCUCUUUAGACAGACAGUGUUAAGGUUAUGAUUAAGUGAAAAUGUGGCAAUUGUGAGCUUUCACAAUUACUUUAUAUUUUAAUAUAUAAUUUGUUUUGUAUCAAAGCAUUUUUACCUACAUGACUCAGCGUUUUUGGUGUUGACAUGAACUCUGGAGAAAUAACAAAUCUUUUAUUUUUUUUUUUUUACUAAGGUCUUCUUGGAAGGAUUCAAUAUUUGUUAUUCAUUUGUGUAUGAACACUUUUUGUCACUCUUUUGAAUGUGAAACAAAAUGGACAUUUGGGAGAAAAGUCACUCACUGUUGGACAGUAGUGGGAAAUUAAAUCUUUCCUUGUCUUUUACUUUUUUGAGCGUUCUUCUCUGCAGCUUAUCUUUAGUAGAAUCUAUAGAAAUUUUCAUCUGAUGAUUUCAAGUAAUUCAUAGUUAAGUAAAGUUCUCUUUAUUAUCUUAUGAAAGGUGGCGGCACUUUAUAUUAUCAAGCCUGCCAAACCCUAAACUUUUAAUGUUCUGUUAAUGGUGUUUGAAAUUCAAAUGUUAACAACCUGCGCACUUUUACUGCAAAUAAUUUGAUAGUCUUGAGUGAUUACCAGUGUUAAAGCUGUAACAAAGUGCACCUUAGGUGAGAACCGUUCAUAGAGGUAAUAGGUAACACGGAUUUAGAAAGUAGAUGCGUUCUCUGGAAUUUUAUUUUGGCACUCUUACUGGAAACUUGUUUCGAUCCUUGGCUGCUGUUAUAUGUGGAUAGGAGAAUUAAGCUGUACAUAUAGAAAAAUGGACAUUGGAAAAAGAAAACUAAUUGUAUUUCCAGUCCCCUUUUCCCGGAAAUUUUUAUUUCCACUGGUAUUUUGUAUUUCUUAAACAUGUCAGUUUUAUUUUGAAAGCCAUGACCGGAAGUAGUGUCUUCUGUCAGUAAAUCCCCCCAAAAAAUGAAACAUUGUUUUGAUUUUAUUUUGGAAGAAGUUUAGCGGAAACGAAUGGGUGUUUGUUUCCGCUAGUUUGACAGUAAACUGUAAACAAAAGGAGUUACCUUGUUAACUGGACUUCCCCACUGUAACUCGAGAUGUCACGCACAACUCAGCGCAUUUUACUCACGGUGACCGACCACAACAAGCCAGCGGGCACGUUACGUAAGCGCGCAGCCACAGCAGGCAUUUAAACAGUGAGGCUGCCGAGCUCCUGCUGUAAACUUUUCCUCUGCUCCUAAAGCUUCCGACACCAGCGUGUGUUCAUCUGAACUCUGCGCAGCUUUACUACUCAGACAUGUCGUCCUAUAACAACAGCGUGUGUUUUAACGAGGCCAGGAGAGUGGCUAUAUUCGGAGGAACGCACGGGAACGAGUUGUCAGGCGUGACGCUCGUAAACCUGUGGGUUAAGAAUAGCACCGAGAUACAGAGAAAAGGGCUCGAGACCAAGCCUUUCAUCACCAACCCGAAGGCUGUGGAGAAGUGCACCAGAUAUGUGGACACGGACCUGAACCGAGCCUUCAGCCCAGAAAACCUCAGUGCGCCGGGAGGAGAUGACCUGCCCUACGAGGUGCAGAGAGCCCAGGAGAUCAACAGGAUAUUUGGGCCCAAGGGAAGCCCAGAGGCCUACGAUGUUAUCUUUGAUCUCCACAACACGACGUCCAACAUGGGCUGCACGCUGAUUCUCGAGAGCUCCAAAGACCACUUCAAUCUGCAGAUGAUGAACUACAUCAAGAAAGCCAUCACCCCGGCCAGUUGUCUUGUUCUGCUGAAUGAACACCCUCUUUUGAAAUAUUCCACUUCGCGUUCUGUUGCCAAGCACCCUGUUGGUCUGGAAGUGGGUCCUCAGCCUCAAGGUGUUUUGAGGAGUAACAUCUUUGAAGCUAUGAGGGUAAUACUAAAACACGCCUUGGACUUCAUCGAACUGUUUAAUGAAGGUAUGGAGUUCCCUCCCUGUACAGUGGAAGUUUUCCGGGUCUUAGAGAGGAUUGACUACCCUAGAGAUACCAAUGGAAACAUCAUAGCUAUGGUGCACCCCAAUCUGCAGGACUGUGACUGGGAACCGCUGAACCCCGGUGACCCCAUGUUCCAAACAUUUGAUGGAAAGACCAUCCGCUACCAAGGCUCAGGCACCAUCUACCCCACUUUUAUUAAUGAGGCAGCCUAUUAUGAAAAACAACAGGCAUUUGUAACCACUAGGCGAGAAACCUUGGUAGCAAGUUCCAUCAGAAAAGCAUGAAAAGUUUCUUUGCUUUGUUUGCUUUGCUAACUGGGAUCACGAUUAUAUGUUAGCCACAGCAACAAUCUAUGGAUAGAGUUUGCCCUUUGUUCUUUUAGCAAAUGACAGACUUUCCUCAGAUAAUCGUGGAUCGAUCUAGACACGAUCUUUUACACACUGAUUUAGUUUUCUAUGCGUUUACUAUCAGAAAAUCUCUUUUAACUAUGCAAAGAACACUUGUGAAGGCUUUGUAAAGAGUCACUGUGAAAGUCUUUGAUCGGAAGACUAAUAUAUUGCUGUGGUAAGUAUUUAUGAUACUGCUGUAAUUUAAAAAAUAUAUGUAAAUUAAAUCAACUAAGUUUUUCUAAUAUUAAAGGCCAGACCGAAUCAUCGAUGGCUUAUGAAUCAUUAUACAACACUCCUACUACUGCUCAGGACGGCCAUUCAGGAUCAACCUGCAACUUUUAACCCAAAACUGUAGUUGUUUGUUUUCUUCAGAAAAUAUAUUUGUAACAUCUUUGUGAGGGUGUUUGUGGCCUUUGAUUUUACCCACCAGUAACUCCAGUGGUUGCGUCUGUGGUGCUGUCCUAUCAUUGCCUUAAUAGAGAUUACAGACGAAAUUGCACAACAGAUCUGAAGUGGGAUAUGCAGAUUAUACGUUGGAUAACAAGAUAUUAUUUUGAUAAGACAUUGUAUAUGUUCUGUACCUCUAUACAAAUUGGAUGAAGUUUGAAACAUUUUAUAAUAAUAUAUGUGUGUCUGUUUUGAUAUACUUGUACUGUAUGUUUGGUUUUAAGUGAUGUGUAGGACCUGGUGAGUCAUGGAAAGCAUAUGUACUUUCUAAUAUUUUUACGUCUUUGUUGUCGGAUGGUCUUAUAGUAAUUCAUUUUUCAUUCUGCAAUAUUUUUGGUAGCACCAUUUAUAUCAUGAUCAGUAAAGUUUACUGUCCUUGAAGUCCUGUGGAAAUUGUCCAUUCAAUAAAUGUAGUACUCUGCUA